CUCCCGCUCAUCUAUAUCAGAGGGGUUUUGCCGUCUUCAUCCUCUGCUCUUUUCCUGCAGCCUCUGCUUGUAGACAAAGUCUUUCUUCCCAUUUUCUCUCCGAGCAAAACCACAAUGAGUCGUUCUUCCUUCCGAGUGUCCUCCGGCGGGGCGAACAGAGGGUUCUCCUCUGGCUCUGCAAUUGUUGGCGGCGGUGGUGGGAGAUCAGGCUUCAGCUCCUACUCUGUCUCUCGGGUUGGAGGAGCAAGAGCUGGAGGAGGAGGUGGCGGCGGCUAUGGACUCGGCGGUGGAUUCGGCAGCCGAAGUCUCUACAACCUAGGUGGAAGCAAACGAAUCUCCUACAGUACCAUGGGCGGAGGUUACCGAGCUGGUUAUGGUGGUGGUGGUGGUGGAGGAUACGGCGCUGGUGGUGGAGCAGGCUUUGGUUUGGGGGUUGGUCUUGGUGGUGGUGGUGGUGGCUUUGGCUAUGGUGGGCCUGGGUUUGGAGGACCCGGUGUUGGCUUUGCAGUAGCUGGUCCAGGUUUUGGUGGAAGACCUGGGUUUCCAGUUUGCCCACCUGGUGGCAUCCAAGAGGUGACUGUCAACCAGCACCUCCUGCAACCCCUCAAACUUGAGAUUGACCCCGACAUUCAAAGAGUGCGCUCACACGAAAGAGAACAGAUCAAGACGCUCAACAACAAGUUUGCCUCCUUUAUUGACAAGGUCCGAUUCCUGGAACAGCAAAAUAAAGUCCUUGAAACCAAAUGGGAUCUGUUACAACAGCAGGGGACAACUGUUCAACGACGCAACCUUGAACCCAUGUUUGAGUCCUAUAUUAGUAAUCUCAGGAAGCAGUUGGAUGUUCUAAACAAUGACCGGGGAAGGCUGGAUUCAGAACUGAGGAACAUGCAAGAUAUGGUAGAGGACUACAAGAACAAAUAUGAAGAUGAAAUUAACAAACGUACAGGAGCAGAGAAUGAAUUUGUGGUACUCAAGAAGGAUGUUGAUGGUGCCUAUAUGAACAAGAUCGAACUUGGUGGCAAAGCAGAUUCUCUGGCGGAUGAAAUUGAAUUCCUGAAAGCACUGCAUGAGAUGGAACUGAGUCAGAUGCAGCAACAGGUAUCUGACACCUCUGUUGUGCUUUCUAUGGACAACAACCGAAGCCUGGACCUGAACAGUAUCAUUGCUGAGGUCAAGGCACAGUAUGAAGACAUUGCUAACAGGAGCCGAACUGAAGCUGAAUCAUGGUAUCAAACCAAGUAUGAAGAGCUACAGGUUUCUGCUGGGCGCCACGGUGAUGACCUCCGGAACACAAAGUCAGAAAUUUCCGAGCUUAACCGGAUCAUCCAGAGGCUGCGAAGUGAAAUUGAUGCCUUUAAGAAACAGUGUGCCAAACUUCAGGCAGCCAUUGCUGAGGCUGAGGAUCGUGGGGAACUUGCCCUCAAGGAUGCCAGGAAUAAACUAAAUGAAUUGGAGGAAGCCCUGCAGAGAUGUAAACAGGACCUUGCACGACAACUCAAAGAGUACCAGGAGCUCAUGAACGUCAAGCUGGCCCUUGAUGUUGAGAUCGCCACCUACAGGAAGCUGCUGGAAGGAGAGGAAAUCAGGCUGGCAGAAGGUGUUGGAAACGUGAGCUACUCUGUGGUCAGCAGCACCACCACCAGUGGAUAUGGAAGCGGUGCUGGUCUUGCAUUGGGAGGAGGACAUGGUGGCGGUUACGGAGGAGGAUUCGGAGCUGGAGGCGGCGGAGGCAGCGGCUACUCCAUUGGUGGUGGCAGUGGCGGCUAUGGUGGCGGCUAUGGAGGCAGCGGGAUGGGCUCUGGGAUCAGCAUGGGAGGUAGUAUGGGAGGUGGUAGCAGUUACAGUUCUGGAGGGGGGCGUGUCUCCUCAGGUGGAGGCGGAGGCGGAGGCUCCAGCGUGAAAAUUGUAUCAAAAACCACUUCAACCAAGAAAGCCGCCUAUUAAAGGUUGAACCCCCCCCCCCCUCCUGAAUGGCAAGUUGCAUCGCCAACUGCCAGUCGUGGCUCUUCAACCCAUUGUGUAAAUAGCUCAGCAAAUCGCUCUUCCCCUCUGAUACUUUCACCUUUUCCAUACAAGUUUGGCUGUAAGAUGGAUCCAGAUAUUUGCACCCUGGUCCAGCACUGCUGAC